AUGUCAAUGGAUACACCAAUUUUUGAAGAGGCAUUGUACGGCAGUGCGUAUGACAUGAGGGAGAAUUCUAAUUCAAUCGACAUUAAUAUUCCGUGUUUGAGUGAAGAUGACACACCACAUGAAGAACAGGAAAAAGAAUUUGAAGACGCUAUUCAGAAAAAGGAUGAUGCUACGGUAAGCAAUAAUGAGGUGCCGGAUCACACUGGAAUUCCAAUGGAGGAAAUUCCGUACGUAGGAUUGAGAUUUGAUUCGUUACAGCAGGCACAAGAGUUCUAUUCUAAUUAUGCGAAGAAGGUUGGGUUUGUGACGAGGAUUAGGAAUACAAACUUUGAUAAGACUAGGAAGGAAUUAAAGGUACCUAUUAAUCAAUCGAUACACUGCAGUCGUGAAGGUUAUCGGGAGUCUCGAGUGAAGGCAGCAAUGCGGGUUAAGAGAAUAACAACAGCCGGGUGCAAAGCAAGGAUGUACGUGAUGCUUGAUAGGCAUAAUGAUAAUUGGUUGGUGACCAAAUUAGAAUUGAAGCACACCCACGCGUGUUCUGCCGAGCAAGCUGUGCAUUACAGUGAGUACAGGAAACUGACCAUGCAUGCCAAGUGCGUAAUUCAGAACAACGAUGAGGCUGGCAUACGGCCUAACAAGACUUAUCUUGCACUGGCGAACGAGAUUGGUGGGUCAUCAAAGUUGGGUUACUCAGAAAAGGAUGUUAGGAACUUUAUAACGAGGAAUUUGCGUUGUGCUGACGUAAACGAAGAUGUGAAGGAAAUGAUUAGAUAUUUCAUGCGAAUGAGAGACAUAAAUCCGAAUUUCUUCUUUGCAGUUGAUGUCAACGAAAAUAAGAAGUUUAAGAGUGCGAUAUGGGUAGAUGCAAGAUGCAGGGCAUCAUAUGAAUAUUUUGGAGAUGUGGUAUCGUUUGAUACAACGUACAGAAGGAACAAGCAUGGACUUCCGUUUGCAUCUUUCGUUGGUGUCAACCAUCACGGCAAGUCCACACUACUCGGAUGUGCUUUGUUGGGUAAUGAGGAAAUUCCUAGCUUUGAGUGGGUCUUUAAGAACUGGUUAAAUUGCAUGGGAAGUCCCCCACAGGCCAUCAUCACAGACCAGUGCAAAUCCAUAUUUGGCGCAAUUAAGAAUGUUUUUCCAAAUACUAGACACCGAUGGUGUAUAUGGCACAUAAUGAAGAAGAUACCACAUAAGCUCGGAGGAUAUGCUAAAUACAGGGAAAUAGAUGAUAAAAUGCAUGGCACAGUUUGGAAUGCCCGUUCUGAAGAGUCUUUUGAGAAAGAUUGGUAUGCUUGGAAGACCUUUAUGAAGAUCGUCGAAUGUGGGUUCCAAUAUAUUUCCAAGGUGAAUUUUAGGCUGUUCGUGCAUGAGUAUGACAAUGUCCUUGGAAACAAAGAGCAAAAAGAACUGGAGGAUGAUGCUGCGGACUCUAAAGGAGUAGUCCCAUGUUCAUCGAGCUCUACAAUUGAAAGACAAUUUCAGCGUGAGUACACAACGUCUAAGUUUAGAGAAGUCCAACAGCAAUUCAGUAAAAGAGGGGAUUGUUUAGUCCGUGGGGUCACUCAAGAGGGUGACUUGUUUCGGGUGACCGUGAACGAGCAAUACCUAUUGUAUGGGGAGCCUAGAUCUUGGAAGUACAGUGUUGAGUUUGACCCCAAGACACAUAAGGUUCGGUGUGAAUGCAACAUGUUUGGCUCAAGAGGUAUUAUUUGUUGCCACUGUCUUGCUGUGUUGUUUUAUUACGGAGUAGACACAGUACCAUCUUUCUAUGUUAUCCCUCGAUGGAGCAAGAAUGUACAGCGAAAACACACUUUCAUCAAGAGCAGCCAUGACGAGAAGCGAUCGGACGAAAGCCACAACUUAUUUAGACGCCUGUGUUCACACUUCUACAAUGUAGCACAAGAUUUUGUUACAUGUGAAGAGGAAGCGGCCAUGUUACAUUUGGGUCUUGAUCAGUUAAGAUCAAAGUUGCUUGAUUGUCGUUCGAACUUGGUGUCUAGGCGUGUUCCAAGUUCACAAAACACCACGGCCACACAUGGAGACCCCCAUCUUGGUGAAUCUGACAUCCAAGGUCCCUCGAAGGUUUCAACGAAGGGUCGGCCGAGAAUGAAGAGACUUGGAUCUGAACUCGACGCCUCAAUCAAGAACUCUAUGCGAAGAAAGAAGAAGAAUCCACCGCUGGAUGUUCAUCAAGCAUUGAAUCAAGAUAUAGUCUGUUGUUCUGCUAGGAGAGCGAAUGGAUCACAGGAACAUGGCGGGUUCUUGUCGUUGUUAAACUCAUUUCAGCAUACUUAA